UGUCGCGUUAGCGCAGUUGCCGCCAGUCGGGCAGUCGUAGUUGAUCUUCGUUGCGUCUGCAUGCCUGACUCGGUAUCCCCGUGCUCGAAAUCGGUUUUAAAAUCGAGUUUAAAUCCUGACGAUAAUUCGCCGCCCGGUGCGACGGACAACGUCGCGAUAAGGUUGCGAAAUCACGACUGUUUUGCGGCGAGGAACGAGCUGACAGGGCAGGGAGAAAAGACGCGGUUAAACCAGCGUCGGUGUUGACGACUUUCGGGGAAUAUCCGAGGUCCGUUGGGCCGCCUCUCAUCUCUGAGUUUAGUACACGCGCGUCGAAUUGCACCUAAAGGAUGUGCGAGGGUGAGGUUGUGACCAAGGGAAUAUACGUCGACGAUUGUGACACGCCGAACUGGAGGAUCCUUCCGUGUUGACGACGACGCAGCAUCGCGUUGGUGUUACGAGGGAUAAUAUAAACCCACGGGCAAAACAAUACCCACCGGAGCUCGAAACUGACCACCACCACUGCUUCUGCCGCCCACUCGAGAUCGGAACCUCUGGAAACCUACGGAAUGUAGCACGAGGGGUUAACGAAACGAGCUGGUAUGCUGGCAACUGACUGGCCCAGGGCGAGGCUAGACAGGAUUACGUACGCGAGGAUCGCGUACCCUGGAGGAUCGCUACGGGAAGGGCGAGGAAGAGGAGGAGGAGGAAGCGGUGGCGGCGGCGGUGGUGGAGGAGGAAGAGGAGGAAGAGGAGGAAGGCGAAGGAGAGAAGGGGGCUCGAACGACCUUGUGCAGGCAACGAGGAAAAGGCUGCGGGGCAGAGAAGCAGGGGUACAAGGGAGCUGGGAUCUUGGAGCGUGGUGAAAAGUGACAGUGAGCCAGAGGAAGACGCCGGCCGCGGAAGGAGAAGAGGGGAAUAAGAAGAAGACCAAGACGAAGAAGAAGAAGAAGAAGGAGAAGAGCGAAUUAGCCGAAAGUGGUUGAGCACGCGAGGUCUGUGGCGGCCUGUCGCUUUAUUGCCGCUCGGCGUUCUUCCACGCACCACGUCGGCACCGAAAACCAACGGUCGUUGCAGAGGUCUACGGCAAAGAUGAAAGUAACGAUCCGCAGAAUUACCACCGGCGAGCAAUAACUCGACAAAUAACGUAACGUAAGGUAACGUUAAUUAAAGACGGAAUUAGCCGUCCCCCCCUCUCUCCUCGGGUGUUAUGAUAAACGCGAUUCGCGUUGCGCAGCCUUCCGCGUCUUCCAGAUUCCAUGGAUGCGCUUUUCUCAUAUUCGAUAUUGAAAUGAUGGAGCUGAUGUGCAGCAACUCUCUUAGUCCCGGCACGUAGACAACUCGUAACUGAGUCUUCGUCGCUCCUCUCGGGUCCAAAGAUACCCUGAAAUAUAGGGACGAUUUGUCGUUCGGUGCGGGUGGUGGGCGGCGGAGGAGGGGGGGGAGGGGGAGGAGGAAGAGGAGGAAGAGGAGGAAAGAUUGGUAAAGAAUCUUAAAGAAUCGUAAAGGAACUUGGAGGAAAAUUCUUCUCUUCUGAUCAUCGUCACUGCACAUCCAAGCCGAAAUGUGAAGAAAACUAAAGGAGCACGGCUAAAAACGAAAGGGACCAGCUCCGCAAUUAGCCCAAGGUCAGAGUUGGCCAGUAAUGCUGAAGCACAUACUGACCGGGCAGCCGGCAACGGCCUCCAGGCACCAAACUAUCAGCAAUGACCACUAUUCACCGGGCGGUCUGCAGGCCCUCGCGGCGAACGGGUCAGCCAUCCACCAGCAUCAGCACCAGCACCAGCACCAGCACCUUCACCAGGACCAGCAUCUCCACCAUACGCAUCACCAGCAUCGGGUUGGAGGUACGAUCGGGACGCGGGGCGGAAGCGUCGACGCGUACGACUCGAUCGGCGGUAAUUCAUCGUCCCUGCACAAUAUCCGGUCUCCUGGUAACCCGGGUGCGGUGACGACGCCGUCGUCGAGCCAUCAUCAUCCACUGAAUCACUCUCAGCUCAGCGUGAACAACUUGUCUCAGAGGCUUAACCACUCCCAUGGACUGAACCUGUCCACCUUGUCGACCUCGAAGCACUCCGUGGACAGCGCCAGUCCUGUUGUUGGCGCCAACGCGUCUAAUUCUCUGCACCACCAGAUCCAUCAUCACGCCGUCGGUGGUACGGGCCACCAGAUAUCCUCGUCCGUAGACAGGCCCGAUGGCGAACCCAGGCCCAAGGUCAACGGCGGUCUCGACAUCACGAGGCUUUCCCGCAUACCCAGUCACGCCACCCCUUCGCCCGCCCCCGCGCCAUCGUCGACAUCCGGUGUUCUGCCUCUCACCAAUUCCGGGCCGAGCAUCGUUCCCCUGAACACCUCGAUCACUUCGUCAUUCUCACAGCACAACAGGCAUCACCAGGCUGCCGGCGUCAAGGAGAUGCUCACGUCGCUUGGGCUGCUGUGUCUUGUGUCACUUUUACUCGCCCUUCUUUCCCUUAUUUUUUUACUCAAGAUAUCACCGCUCACGGAAUCUCCGAGCAGUCUCAUCGGCCAUGACGAAUCCGUCGUCGUGUACGAAGUCACCCUUGCUCUGUGCGCUCUGGCACUUUCCCUCAACCUUUGCUGUCUACUUGUCUGCGCCAUUCAAUUUCUUUUCGCUGUGAAACUCGUCAAGUCCUCGUAUCAAGGGAGCCGGACGAAUAAGUACCUGCAAAAGUCCUCGAUAAGCCGAGUCUGCGCUGUCGGAGGAUUUUUCAUCAGUAUACCUGUAUUUCUGACUGGUAUGAUACUGUAUACGUUUGUACAGUUUCAAUCGACACCAGCGAUAGUAACGUCGGUGUUUAUCGGUCUUGGCAUAAUAUUCUGCGGCUGUGCAAUGGUCCAUAACGUCUUCGUGUGGCAGAGGGAGAAGACGAACGCGAUCAAAGCGUUGGCCCGCGAACAGUGUGAGGCGGCUGCACAGCUGCAGAGGCAACAAAUGCAGCAGCAGCAACAGCUUCAGCAGCAACAGCAUCACCAGAAGCAUCAUCAGCAUCAGGGACAGAGUCAGCAUCACAGUCAAAGGGGGGCUUUGAACCAAUCGGCUUUGAGUUCGGUGAGUCGAGGGGGCCAGAAAACCGUUGCGAUCCCGCAAACUCACUCAACGGCCACGCUGCCCAGCACACACGGGAGCCGCGGUCAUCCUUAUCAUCCCCACAACCAUCAUCAUGCCUCGGUUACACCUGCGGGGGCGCAGAGUCACCUUCAACAGAUCGUCGCCGGCUCCCAUAGGAAUAUCGCCACGCCCCCGACCCCCGGGAAUCUCUCGCCACCCAGUCCAAGCCACAAACACAACAGAUCACACGUUCUGGCGAGGGAUGUCAGCGGUAGCGUCAGCCCCGGUCUUCCUACCGCGACCCUUGACCUCAGCAGCGCGGCGAACACGAACAGUCCUCACGAGCUGUCAACCCUCGUGUAGUAACGAAAUCGAACACGCCUUGACAUUUGACAAGGUUUUUUUUUUUUUUUUCGAAACUAUUCUUU